AUGAUUGUUCAUCUGUUUCUGUUACUCAACCUAGCCGUCUUUCUUAUCGUUGGCUGUUUUGAUGAUCCACCGCCACCCCGACCGCGGCCGCGGCCACCACCGGCGGUCAUUAUCAAACAGCCGCGUCGACCGCCGCCACGAUCACGCGAUUCGGAUCGAUCGACGAAGCCGGUCAAGGAGAAGAAGAUCAAUGUGUCGAUGCCGAAGCCGACCGAGCCAAAAAUGAAGACUCGCGAGUGCAACGACAAUGAGACUGUCGAGGAGACGCCGUCGGAAUGGGGAAACAUCGAUGCGUCGUUUGUGAAAUCACCAGCGAGAGCAAAAAAGGCGAAGAAGUCGAGGCCGCAUUCUUAA